UACAUUUUGGGGACUCGCAUGAACAGGGCGGCGUUUCUAUGGUGAAAAGAGAAGAUCUUGGGCCACAUGGACCAGAACGCAUCGCACCUUCCGCAUCUGCUUUCAGUGCGUUUCAUAACGCGUCGCGUAACAUCAACGAGUUAUUCCGCCCUGUUUCUGUCAAACACCGGUUUUGGCGUUUUACAGUUUUAUGGACACAUUUAGGGCUAUUUGACGCCCUACAAGGUGGUUUUGUGUAACGGUCCGCUUCGGCGACGAAUUUUCUGGACUGUCGUCUAAACGCGGAAUCGGUUUCCAGUCAACACGUCGCGUUUUCCGACUGACGCCCAAUCAGAUCACAAGCAGAUGCACUGCAGCUUAUCAUAUAAUGCAUUGCUGUUGAUCGUACAGGUGUUUUUGCGUCUGUAAAUUAUCACAAAGGGUCGUUUUCAUUGAGUCUACAUCUGCAUGGUGCACGUGGAUCUGAUCUAACGUUAGCUGAGGUGGGCUCCUCAAAUCAUUUUACCAUUUUUGCUCUGAAUACAGAUUUCAAGUUAAUGUUUCGCCAAGAGGUCGGUGUCCUGUCCUUCAUUCCGUCGUGUUCGUACCUUUUCCAAUACGAGAAGAGGAACAUGUCCCGAUAUAACAUCUACAGUCUGCUAGACUGGAUCUAUGGAGGGGUGGACCCCAAAUUUGAAGGCAACGGAGGGCCCGAGUGCGCAGCCUUCAUCUCGCCACAGCAGAGGCUCAUUGAGAGUCUGAUCAUCGUCUUCAUCUCUGUCAUCGAAGUGCUGGUGGCCCUCAGAAAGAUCAAUGUCCCAAAAGAGCUCAGAGAGGUGUCUAAGGAUGGACGGAGGACCAGAGAAGACAGCUUGGGCAAGAACUUGUUGCUUGUGGCACUGUGCAUGACUUUUGGAGUGGAGGUUGGGUUCAAGUUUGCCACCAAGACUGUGAUCUACCUCCUAAAUCCAUGUCACGUGGUCACAAUGGUGCAAAUCAUCCUGCUCGCGUGUCCUCCUAGCAAAAUCGCUAUGGUAAUUUUUAGGCUUCAGGUUCAUAUGCUGAACGGAGCUCUUCUAGCGCUGCUCUUUCCUGUGGUCAACACCCGACUGCUGCCUUUUGAGAAGGAGAUUUAUUAUAUUCAACACUUCAUGCUGUAUCUUGUGCCAGUCUACCUCUUCAGGAAAGGAGGUGUGUAUAAACCAGAGCCGCUGGGUGACAUGUGGUGGGCGCUGCUGUCUACAGGAAUACUCUUCCUCUAUCACUUCGUGUUCCUGCAGGGGCUUGGAAUGCUGACCGAAGUGAAUCUGAACAACAUGCUGUGUCCAGCUGUCUCGGACCCCUUCUACGGGCCGUGGUAUCGAGUGUGGGCCACGGGACACCAGACCGCCCUCACGUUAGUCCACGGCAAGGCUUUGACCAUCCUCUCGCAGCACACCGCUCCCAUGUGCCGCUAUCUACUGGACAUGGCACGUCUUCGCAACAAGAAGGUGGACUAAGGUUGUUUUUAUUGGACAAAACCUCUUGGACACUCCUCUACCUACAUUAAUCCAUAAAUACAGUUACAUACCUUUUAUGUCAUGGGCAGUACGAAGUUUUAGGUGACACAUGCAUUCCGGAGAGGCUGUUUUUGCCUUUUCGGAUGCGACACAAACCCUGCCUUGUUUUUGUUUUGGAGUCUUCGCACGACGAAGAUCCCGUGAACCGUUGUUCUUCGAGUUGCCUUCUUUAGUUGCGCUCAUCUAACAGUGAAAUGGGUCCAACCCAGUUACAUUGACUUGAUUGCUAAAUAGCUGUUUAUGUGUCAUCAGCACUGUAUUUCCUGUAAGUCUCGCUCGCUGGCUUUCAGAUGAAUUGUGCUGCCAUUUUAAAAGUCACUUUUGUGAAUAUUGUGUACCUUUUUUGUGGAAACAUCUGUGUAGUGCUACUGUAUGUUCUGGAGGAUUCGCCAGACCCUUUUUGUGUAAAUAGUCAAAACUCUUUAGCGUCCAAGCUGGAGGCAUUACUGUACCUUUGGUCACAAUAUGAAACUCUUUCCAUUGGCUGAAAGUGAUAAUUGAUCGAGUGGCUGACGCUGUUAUUCACGAUGAAUGGCAGUGAUGUGUCAUAGGAAACUGACUGAGGUAAAUAGCCAGUACAAUAUUUUUUGAGUUCUCUUAUUGUAGUUAUUUUUUUUAAACUUUUUAAUCGAAAGUGCUUUAGUGACUUUCUUUAUCGGAAAUUGAAUUCCCUUAAAUUCAUAAUUUAUUCUUAGCGAUAUGUUUUACAAAGUUUUUAAGCCUAAAUUUGCAUUACUUUAUUCCUAACAGCUGAGGAUAAAGUGAUUAGCAGCUGUUUUAGAGCAAACACAAAUUAAAACUUGCUUAUUUAAAGGGAUAGUUCACAGAAAGUACACUCAAAUUGUUAUAUAAAUGUAUUUGUUUUGCGAAACAUAAAUUGAGACAUUUUUAAGUGUGUUUGAAACCAAUAAGCAGAUCUGGGGCACCAUUAACUUCCAUAGAAAAAAGUAAUACUAUUGAAGUGAAUGGGGCCCCAGAUCUGUAUUAAAAUUAUUCGUCUAAAAAAACAAAUGAAGACAUUUAUAACAGGUUUGUAACAAUUUAAGGGCGAGUAAAUGAUGACCAAAUUUUCAUCUUUCAGUGAACUAUCUAUUUAAUGUAGCCCACAAAAUUGUCCCACACUUAAAGCACUCCAUCUCUCAAUUAUCAAGGCUCAGAAACAAAGAUAUCUAUUUAUAUAGUUUGAUUUAGGACCAGUGUGAAAUUGGGUGGAGCCAUGCUCUCAAUACAGCAGCCCCAGUGAAUUAUGGGAUUGUUGUCAUUUCAAACUCGACUGAAAGGGAAUCCACCAUCAUUUUUGUACAUAUGUUUUUGUGAAAUAUGUGCCGUAUUGAAAAGUCAACGUUUUACAUCCCGUGUUUGUUUCUUAUCAGAAAUGCAACCAUUAAAGUACUCAAAACACUCAA